GUACACCUUUAGUUAAUGGAUACAAAAUAAUUAAAAAAUACACUUAGCAUACACACAAAUAAGGACUACAAACCCCCUUCAGAAAAUAAUUAUGCCCUUAUGUCAUCAGAGUGGGUGGUAGAAGGGUUUUUCUGUCUGAGUCAGACACUGUAUAAAUGAAAGGACAGUAAGGAGAGCAGAACAAACUCCUAACAGGAGGAGACUCACUCAUGGCCUAUGAGACAGAGGAUCAUGAGACUCAAUACUGCUUUCCUGCCAUCAACUCAUCAUGUUUCAAGGGAAAACGCUCCAGAUAUGAAUACAAUAUAAUUUACCUGUUCAUAUCAUUGCUGUCAGCAUGGACUGUGUUUCUGAACCUGCUGGUGAUCAUCUCCAUCUCUCACUUCAAGAAGCUUCACACUCCAACAAACCUGCUCAUUCUCUCUCUGGCUGUGGCUGACCUGCUUGUUGGACUUAUUGUGAUACCCAUAGAGGGCAUCAAACAAAUUGAGAUGUGUUGGUACUUUGGAGACACUUAUUGUGGACUGUUUGCAAUUACUGUUAGGUUGCUUCUUUCUUUAUCUCUUAGUAACUUAGUUUUAAUUGCUGUUGAUCGUUACGUGGCUGUGUGUCACCCUUUAAUGUACCCACUGAAAAUAACCACAACUAAAACUUCAGUGAGCAUCUGUCUGUGUUGGUUUUGCUGUUCUGUUUACAAUAUUGGGUAUGUAAUCAGUAUCGGAUAUUUUAAUAUCUCACACAAAACGUGUUAUGGUCAGUGUAUUGUCAUGAAUAGUCUUGCUUGGACAUUCACUGAUUUGACCUUUUUAUUCCUAUUUCCUUGUGUUGUGAUCAUCUCUGUAUAUUUGAGGAUAUUUUAUGUUGUACAAUGGCAAGUGAAAGCUAUAAACUCUCUGAUGAAGGGUGGUAAAUGUGUAAUGGAAGGGUCAGCGAGGAAGAAAUCUGAAAGUAAAGCUGCUCUGACAUUAGGAAUUAUUGUGACAGUUUAUCUGCUUUGCUAUAUUCCAUUCUAUAUCUGUUCUCUAACAGAAACCACUGCAGUCUCUUCCACUACAAUGACAUUUUUAAUAUGGACUAUGUAUGUUAGCUGUGGUCUGAAUCCUCUUGUAUAUGCUUUAUUUUACAGCUGGUUUAAAAUAUCAGUUAAACACAUCUUAACUCUUAAAAUAUUUCAGCCAGCAUCAUCUCUGAUGGAAAAAUUUACAGAUUGUCAUUCAUGAUUGUGGGGGUUGAUUUGUUUUCUUUUUUGCACUUAGAGGACAACCUCUAAUUUCCAUCAUGGCAUGUGUGAUAUGUUUUCACAUGUUUAGGUACAAGAAUGAGACAUAAAAUUCAACAAACUACAUUAACUUAUUAUUAAAGGCAUCAUUUUUGAAAUGUCUGUCACCAUUUACUCACCCUCAUGCCUGAUGUUAGGCAGAAUGACCAUUCACUUUCAUUGUCCAUAAAAAAAGAUGCAAUGAACAUAAAUAUUGACUAAGGUUGCCAAUAUCUCUUCUGUGAGAUAAGAAAGCAUCACAUCUUCAUCUUCAACUUCAACUUUUAUUUAUUUAUAUAGCAUAUUUAAUAACAACGUUGUUGCCCAAAGUGCUUUAUAGUAAUAAUUAAAACAUACUUAUAUAAAAAGAUUUACCAUGCCUAGUAAAUGAAGGCAUGACUACACACUCUUAGA